AUGCAUAUCCUAGUAAGUUCCCACCAGCAUGGUCAUAACAUCCCAGGAAAGAGACUAACGGCUUCGAAGAUCGUCAAUGACGAUGGCCCCCCAUCCAAAAAAUUAUCACCCUACAUCCGCCCCCUUGUAGACGCUCUGAAAGAUGCCGGUCAUCGAGUCUCAGUCGUCAUCCCCGCCGCAUCGCGCUCCUGGAUCGGGAAAGCGCAUAUCAUCGGCGCCUCGUUGACGGCUACAUAUGUUCACCCAGACUCAUUUCGAGAAGACGGGACAUGGGUUGACGAAAGCGAAAAAGAACAAAACACAGCGACGCCGACAACGACGACAAAUGGGUACAUGCCACCCACCCCCGCGGCGUCAAGUGAACAUCUCAACGUCUCGACACCAUCAAUCGAUGAGAACGAGAGCAAAAAUGAGGAAGAUUACUGGGUCGUAAUAAGCAACGGCACACCCGCCAGUUGCGCCCAGCUGGGUCUCUACUCUCUUUUCCCAUCGCGCGGCACUAUCGACCUGGUCAUCUCAGGMCCCAACCACGGCCGCAACGCCAGCACAAUCUACAACCUCUCCUCCGGCACCGUGGGCGGCGCAUUAGAGGCUGCUACAUGCGGCAAGCGCGGAAUCGCGCUCUCGUUUGGAAGUAAAGAUGAGCAACCGCCUGCAACCAUUGCGGCAGCAGCACGAUUAUCGACGAGGGUGAUUGAGUAUCUAUGCCGGAAUUGGGAUGAGAGGGUUGAAUUGUAUAACCUCAAUGUGCCGAUGAGAGAGGACGUGGAGACUAGACCAGUCAGAUAUACGCGUGCAUUGAGGAAUGAGUGGACCAAAGCCAGUCUUUAUGCUGAGGUUGUUCAGAGUAACGAGAAAGUUGAGAUACACCAGAAAGGGAAGUCGAAUAGGAUACGCCAGUUUCGCUGGGAGGCUGAACUAUCAGAUAUUAAGAGGAGUCUGGCGGAGAGUCCGCAGGGGACGGAUGCGAGGACUGUGCUUGAUGGGUUUACGAGGUGA